UUUGAGUAAAUAAAAAAUUGAAUGGACAUCACGGAAGAUUUUAUGUUUUACGUCUAUAUCACCCUUACACUGUUCCCAGUUUACUUGUUAUUCAAACUAGCUCAGUGGAUGGGCUACGAGCUCUUCGUGAACAACUAGAGAAUCGCGUUCUGACAAUUGCUUUUCUCGGAAAACUCGAGAAACGGUGAAUCAUAAAGUACAUACAACUUGCUUGUUCAUCGCAAGUAAAAAAGUAAAUAAUGUCGACACCAGAGACUGGCUCGGAUGGUUUGGAACAACAACAACAACAACAACCAGUCGUAGUCCAGUCGAAUAACGCCGCUGCUGCUGCUGCUGCCGCCGAGAGUAACGUGACCCCCGAAAGAAAUGCUUCAUCUUCCUUUGCUGCAAUAAGAUUUAGCUGGAGAGAGAAUCUGAGUUCGAACCUUUCAAAUAUGCUGCAAGAAUUUCGUCCCGUCUUCGAGCCGUCGUCGCGGACGUUCCGCGCAAAUCCAAGUGACAGUUUUGUGAUAAAUCUAGAUAAUAGUCAGGCAAGUGUGGUUGGGGGCAGCGUCGGAGACGACUCGCCGAGCCACAACAUGCCAAAUGAGCAAAUUGCACAACCGAACGCGAUGAUGGACUCGCAAAAUGAGCAGAACGAUUCGACAAACGACAACAAUUUAUCGGAUGCCCUUGCCAGCAUUCCAGACACAGCCACAAGAUAUUUGCCAUACAUAUGCAUUCUCAUUGCUAAGAGUUGUUAUGACCAUAUUGAUGGCAUCUUAGAUUUCUUUGCAUUGUUUGUAACGUUCUUCCAUUCCAAUAAGGUUGUUCGCCAAGAAAUUACAAAACAAGGCCAACGAUCUGCACUACCUCUACUCCGAGAGCUCUUUUUUAUCAUUGUUGUUGUGACAGUCAUUGGUUUCAUGCUUGACAAGAAAAACAUUCCAUUGAGUUUGCUGGUGGCCCUUCCAAGUGACGAGGAAUUCACUCUCAAACGUUUGCUCUUUGCUGUCGGCAUUAAUGAUCUUAUGCUGAAGCUCGUGACAGUCGCCUUGAAAAUUUUAAUAACUUUGAUACCUCUAUCGCUGUUGGAGUACAAGGGCCGAGGACACAUCUACCUUGUAGUCGAAGCUUUUUCGCAAAUGUAUCGUGCUUUAAAUCCUAUUCAGGGAUGGUUGCUCUUCCUGCUGAAUUCCUAUGUGGGCACUGAGAAAAUUGUUGGUGUCAUUUUAAGUGGAGCGUAUAUUGUGGCAAAAGGCUCAGAUUUGCUGAAACGAGCGAGCUUUUGCAAGUCUGCCGUUACGAAAUUCUUGGAGAAGACAAGUUUAGGCAGCAGACCAACCAAAGAACAAAUCAGUCAAGUGUCUCUCUGUACAAUAUGUCACGAUCCGUUAACGGAACCGGUCUUGUUGCCUUGCAAUCACAUGUUUUGCGAACUGUGUAUCGUGACGUGGCUCUCUCGCAGCAGCAUUUGUCCCCUUUGCCGUGCAACGGUAUCGGACGACCCGAAUUACAAGGAUGGAAGCACAACAUUUUUCUUGCAACUUUAUUAAUUUAACUAACAACAGAAAAAGUAUAUAUAUAUUGAUUGAUAAUAAUCCGGACGAAACUUAUGAAUAAACAAAUAAAAUGUUAUUUUCUGAUA